UCCGCGAGCCAUAUUUUCUUUUUGGGGGAAUCAUUGCAAUAUAUACGAAGGCGUUAACAAAUAUGUACUGAGAGAGGAAAAACUACCCGAACAGAGAAGUCCUUAAGUAAAUUACUCAUCUUGAGUAAUUUAAUCGCAAUCUUCCUGCUGCUACAAGUUUCAACUUCACGCAAAUUUUAUAUUUUGGUUGCCUGUUUUAGUGCGAAAUGAUUAGAUGCAUUUUCUGUGCCAAUAAACAUUGAAUUGUUUAUAUUUUGUUUUUGAAAUCAUGGCUAUUCUCAGUAAAUUUACGGAUAUAUCGCUUCCGUAUAACUGUUAUGAGGCUGGGCAUACCUGGCAUCCGGAUUGCAAUAUUGCGGCACUUAGUUUAGGGGCAAUUAUGUUUAAUGAAUCCGUGAAAAUUUAUUUUCCCUUAUACGUGAUAAGCUUGAUUCUGAAAAGAAAGUUUUCCUUGGAUGCAUGCUCGGCUGUUUUGACAAACACAUUCAUAUCCUCUGCGUUUCUGGGAUUUCAUGGAUUUGGCAUCAUUUUAUUUGGUUGCAUUUUAAGGAAACUUCUGGGACGAAUAUACUUCCUGACGUAUUUCUUCAUUCCCACCUUCAUAACAAGUUUUCUUGCGAUGUUUAUUGAGAGGAAAAACAGGAGGCUACCUUUAGCUAUCUAUGUGACCUAUGUCGCUACGGAAACAGUUCUUCGAAUGGCUGCAGCGAGAGGGAUUGUAAAACCAGUGCCAAACGCAGAGGUUUAUCUUUUCAGCGUCGUGAUGGCCAUUAAUCUCUACGUAGCGAAAAAAUACGGAUAUUCUGAUGACAUUGUUAGCAGCAUAUUCAAGUUCAUUUUUGGGAAUAAAGAAGCCAAACAGAAUGCAAAAUCUCUCCAGAAAAAAGAUGCAGCUAAGCAUAAAGAAAAUUUCCUUUUGCAAAAAGCAGUAUUGUGCGGAAUGCAGCUUGAGGAGAAAAUAGGGACAUCUCUUAUUGAAAAGAUCCCCAUGAUGGUGAAGCAUUCUUCCUGUCACCAUGACUUCAACUGCAUAUUUUAUUGCUUACAGGGCUUUUGCCGUCCGCUUCUAAUAGGAUAUGCGGCUUUGUCGGUAAGCCGUUGUUUUUCAGUUGGAAAGAAACUAUUCUCUGAUCCGUCCUUAUUGUUUACUUUGCUCACCGGGAGAACUCUCAGCCUGGGUCUAUUUUUGGGCGGCUUUGGCGCAACGUUUAGGUUCAUCAAUUGUCUGCUGAGAUGGUGCUUUGGCAAAGAUCUUCCUGUCUAUGCCAUUCCGGCGGCACUGCUAGGGGGAUUUUUCAUGAAGUUCUUCCCCAGUUCUACCAUAUCCCUCUAUCUCAUGUGGAAGACGAUAGAGAAAGGAUACUUGGAAGGUAUGGAAAAAGGAACCCUUCCUCAUAUCAAAUGUUUCACGCCUCUGCUUUAUUCCUUCUCGACAGCAAUAUUAUUACACACAGCUGUUAUGGAAGCUCACAAUCUUAAGCCAUCUUAUUUGAGAUUUCUCCGUAGUUUGACUCAAAAGAGAAUAGUGGAAGUCAAUCAUCUUAUACUGGAUUUUUUUGGAACUCAGUCUUCCAAAAUGUUCCCGAAAGUUUGGCCAGAAACAGAUUAUCGGUAUACGACUCGUGUAUUUAAGGAAACUGCACUGCUGUGGCUUAAUCAUUGAUUUACAUUUUUCGUUAAAAAGUGUAUUUGUCUUUAAGAUAUUACAUUUAUUUAAGAACCAUUGACUUGAAUGAAUGAUUACAAUAUUUUAUAAACGCUGUUUCUUUCUUCCUUAAUCUCAUACCUUAAUAUAUAUGAAUUUUUACCAGUUCAAAAUUUCUUUGUGAGUUUUAUCGAUUUAUGUAUAAUUUGAAUUCGACAUCAGUAAA